CAAAAUGGAUAAUAUCUCGGACAGAAUGAAUACCUUCGACAACUGGCAGUACACAACAUCGCCAUCUAAAUUGGCAGAAGCGGGGUUCUUUUCUAUAGCUAACUCACUAUAUUAUAAUCGUUACCACGACAUUGUGAAGUGUUAUUCAUGCGGCACCUCUCUUCGUUACCUGACUGAGGAUGAUGACCCAUGGGCAGUGCAUGAACAGGUGUCGAAUCUCUGUCCUUUCCUGACAAGUAAAGCUGAAUCGUCAUCAGUGGCAAGGACGUCUCCAAGAUAUGUUGAAAAAGCACCCUCAGAGAUGUCCAUGUCGGAACUAGAAGAGUACAACAGGCGACGACGGACCAUGUUGGAGUGCAGGGUCUGUAGAGAGAGGCAAGCCUGCAUGUUGCUGAUACCCUGUGGUCGUAGGGCGACCUGUGGGGAGUAUGCACGGAACACAAGCACUUGCCCGGACUGUGAAGGAGAUGUCACAAAGAUGGUGAAGACUUAUAUUGCAUGA